CCGAGCGGGUGACCUCCUUCUGCACACAUCGCUCUGGUGUAGAGAUAUCUUUCUCUCGGACCGCUGCCACUUCAGCUUGAAAGCAGAGACUGAGCAGACGAUGUGUGGCUUCUGAACCACCAGGGCGCAGACGAGAGACUGGAAAGUACAGGUUCAACUCCUGCUCCCUCUGGUCCGUAGGCGGAAGAAAUAUCCGUGAGGUCUAUUUUUCCAGCCAGUCCACCUUUACUUCCGCCUCGCACUCGUGAUCGCAUUACCUGGCUGAUUUGUCGUCUGCACCGCUGACUGUGCUGCACUUUUGCCGCAUUUUCUAAUCGGAAGAGACCUGCAAGAGGCGCGAGACAACCAUGUCAGGGCUCGUCAAGGCUAAGAAGUACGAUUGGAAGGAUUCCAAUAUGGUUCUAGUUGGGUCCGAGACGGAUAGGAAAGUAAAAAAGGCCUCAGCAGAGACUGAACCAGCCUGGAAACAGGCCGGCAAGAAACCCGGGAUACAGAUAUGGAGGAUAAACAAAUUUAAGGUUACCACAUGGCCCACUGAUGACUAUGGAUCAUUCUACAGCGGUGACUCUUAUAUUAUUCUUAAUACUUACAAAGACGAGCAGGGCGAUAAGCUUCUGUAUGAUGUUCACUUCUGGAUUGGAAAAGAGAGCACUCAGGACGAGUAUGGCACGGCGGCCUACAAGACGGUGGAGCUGGACACCCUGCUGGACGAUGUCCCUGUCCAGCACCGCGAGGUGCAGGGCUAUGAAAGUGAUCUCUUCAAGUCCUACUUCCCCAAGAUCACUUACUGGAAGGGAGGUGUGGACAGCGGCUUCCGUCACGUGACACCCGAGAACUACAGACCACGCCUCCUGCAGAUCAAGGGCAAGGGGAAACAAGUGGAGGCAAAGGAGAUCACAUUGAAGAAAUCUAAGAUCACCUCGGACGAUGUGUUCAUCCUGGACGAUGGCACCUGUCUCUACCAGUUCAAUGGAAAAACGUGCAACAAAGAUGAAAAAUAUAAAGCAUCACAACUCUUGAGGGAUCUCAAGUCUCAACGUCCCAAAUGCCGUUCUGAGAUUGUUGACGAAGAAGACGACGAUGAGCUAGUGCAAAAGUUCUUCAAGGCUGUGGACGAAGCGGAUAUGAAGGUCGAUGAUGAUGAUGACGACGACGAGGUCAAGACUCCCACCAUCGUGACGGGGCCCCCUUCUUUGUACAGACUCACUGACAGCGGAGGCCAACUGGCGUUCUCCAAGACCAAAGAGGGACAUGAUAUCAGCAAAAAGGAUUUCAAGAGCAAUGAUGUGUUCAUUCUCGACACCUUGAAGGAUCUCUUUGUCUGGAUCGGCAAAAAUGCUUCAGAGACUGAGAAAGGCAACGGUCUGACAUAUGCUCAUAAUUACCUGAUGAAGAGCCCACACCCUUUCUUACCUGUCACCUGCUUGAAGGAAGGCAUGGAGAGCAAAGCUUUUCAAACCGCCAUCACCGCGUACUAAUGCCACUCACCUGGCUCGUCACCCAAGUCUCGUCUGAUGCCAUCUGUGCCUGCCUCGCCUCAGAGACGCCUGCAGGGCCAGCAACAUGACAGAAACAAUACCAACAUCUUUAGGCACUACUACGCCAUUACAUGACAUUGCAGCUGCAGUCACGUGACGCAUUUUGUAGCUAUCUCCUCUGUUACAACCAUCCACUUUACACCUAUAUCUAUCAUCUGCGAGGGGUUCUUAAAAAUUGAAGCAUUGUCGCACUUUCACUGUUUUCUCUGUGUUGUAGACAAUAAGUGAUAGAAGUGAUAAAUCGCAGAAAACUUUAAAAAAAAAAUCACGAGAAUGAUAAUUCCGACAUCCUAGGCGUGUUUCGUACCACUGUACAUUACAUUGCGAAAAUGUGGAGAAAUGGGCAGGUAGAAAAAGCACGUGCGAAAAAGAAAAAAAAAAUGAGCAAUGCAUGAUAAUACCUAUUUAAUCUUAACCUUUUUUCUCCCCACCUGUACUGUCUCAAGGAUCUCCGCGUGUCUGGGUCCGCAGAGUUGUAUUUAGCUGGAUAGGGCUGGAAACAUAGCAGGAGAAAGGUUUAUGUAAACAAUGGCUAUCCUUCUUAUUACUUUUAAAAUUCACAUCACUAUGUAUAUACUAAUCAGAGACAUGCUUUAGAUGCAAGCAAGAGAAAAUGCAAAUGGCUGCUUUCUGUUGGCUUACCUCCAGCUUGCUGUGCUCAGAUGCUGGAGGUAUAUGUCAUCCUGAAAUGCAGCAGUGGUCGAGGUACUUCAAGAGAUGUUUGCUGAAGCGAUGUGUGACUGGUGCCCCCUCUGUCAAAUGCCCUCUUCCUUGCGAAAUUUUCGACUUUGUAAAUUUGGGUACAUAAUACUUUUGUUCUGUUUAACCCUUUCAGUCCUGAUGGCACUGUAGCGUGCUACAACAAAGUGCAUGCUGUAUUAUGGAUGUUCAAAUUAAAUAGGUUAUACCUCCAGAACACCUUAUCCACUGCCGUAUUUUUUUCCCAUUACUUCAAAUUGCCAUUUACAGGUUUCGGAUGUCUCUAAAGUUACAAAAAGUAGCAUGAUCAUUUCUCGAAUGAAAAAUUCCUAGAAGUGUUAAUCCAUUUAGAAUGUCUAGUAUUAUCUUUGCUGCUAGAAAAGCGAUUAGUGCUUUUUACAAGCACUUGACUGUGAUUUAAAUGGACUUCAGGAAGCCCAGGCUGUUUGUUUAACACUGUUUGCAGUAUUGUGAAACAGACUCUCACCGAAGAGUAGAUUCUCUUUCUUUGUUUCAUGAUUGUUUUUGUUAAAAUUAAUAACCAUCUAUCAACUGGAGGUCCUUUAAAUUAGGUUUCUUCUUUUAUUUUUAAUUCAACCGUUUUUAACAUUGUUGUGCACACAGCUCAGGAACAUUAAAGUAUUUAUUUGCUACUUUCGAAGAUUAUGUUCUACACCAUCUGCAACUCUGCUUUUAGCCAUCAAAGCUCUAGGCUCUGGUUCUGUGACUAUAACUGUAAACUGCUCCUUGUUCUUGUGUAAGAAAAGAACUAAGCAACAGUUGAAACUUUUGGUGAUUUCACUUAAAGCCUGAUGGACACGAAUUUCAAGUACAACUCACAAUUGUUAUUUUGUUGUGCUGUUUUUAUUUUUCUUGUACACAAUAUAACCAUAUCUUCACUAGUGGUUUUAUCUGUUCAGUCUCAUACUUCCAUAUACCUACCUGCCUUACAUGUUUCUGAAAAUUAUGCUAAAUGAUAGUUACUUACUAACUUUAAAUGAACGACAGGCUAAAGAUUUUUUCAAAAUUAUUCAUAUUUUUCUUGAGUAUUGUGGCCUUUAACCACGGGAUCUCAGAUAUUUUUCGCAAAUGUUUAUGGAUUGUGUAUAAAGAUCUUAAAGGGAGAUGCCAGAAGGAAAGCCAAACAUUUACACUGAAGAUAUAAAGAGUGGAGCUUUCAUGUAUCCACAAGCAUUCAGCACCUAAAAGUUGUAAGUGGUGUGUUUAGAGCACACCACCCUGAGAUGAACUCAGGACAUGUGACUGAAUGGAAUAGGAAGAUUUUCUUAUAUUUCUUGACUUUUCCCUUUUGUGGGUCUGCCAUUGUCAGAAAUCUUCAUCUCAGUAUCAGUAUGAAUCUCUCUUGAAGGGCCUUGCAGAGAUCUGCCAUCAGAAACUUUACAUCCAGUUAUUUGUUGAUCUGCCUUCAAAAAUCUGAAUUAAAUUCUUUGAGGAACAUUUGUCCCAAGCACUAACAUGCUGAUUUUAUUCUGUCUCUUAGUAAUGGAUGUUUCAAAACUGUUAUUUUGUAUCUAACGAUUUUAUGAAAAACUGAGCAUAAUUAUAUAAAGUGUAGAGAAUGCUCUCCACAAACUAUGUUUCAAAUAGCUGCCAUGUAGCUAAUCUAGGUGUUGACGAGUAGGUUGUAAAAGAACUGUUGGAUACUGAUGAAAUUGUGAGAACUUGCUUCUUCAUUUUCUGCUUUUUUUCUAAAACAUCUUUUCUACAAAUGUUAUCUUUAAAGACUGUAACAAUCUACUUUUCAAUCAUUUAAUAUUUUUUCAAACGUGUAAUGUUCUGUUCUUAAACGUAUUACAUUUUAUUUCUGAACAGUCAAUUUUGAAAGUAGUGAAUUUUGAAAGUUUAUUUUAUUUAUAGUGCACAUGGGCACCAGGAUAGUAGAGUUAGAUGGCUUUCUCAUACUGUCGUGGCAAUGCGAGGAGACAACCAGAUAUAUCACCAUAAAAUAUACAGUGAAUUUAGAAAGAUUUUUGAAAUGAUUGCUUACUACGGAAUAUAUAUAUAACUGCAAAAGAAUCAAGCAUGUUUUGUUUCACAUGUACUAUUAAAGUAUUUUUAAAAGGUC